AUGGAAAGGGAAGAGACAGAUUUUAGCGUAGAAGUGGGCACUCGCGUGCUGGUUGGUGGCAAAUAUGCAGGGGUCAUUCGUUACGUGCCAAAGCGUCGCACUGCUUUGGUGGGAAUCGAACUUACCCGAGCACGAGGCGACAACGACGGGGCUACGGAGGAUGGUCAACGUUUCUUUGAAUGCAAACCAUUGCAUGGCAUUUUUGUUCGCGAAGAGCAACUUAGUGCUUUUUCGGAAGGAGAUGGGGCUGCAUGUGUUUUGCAAAGUAUCUGGCGACGGUACAGCGCAUCGCAAAAAUUUCGUCAUCUGGUGUUUGCCCACGCAUGGAAUUUGUUGGAUAACACCCAAGAGCAACUUAACCUGAAACGCUCGGAGCAAUUCAAGUCGGCAGAACAUACACUUGCACAAUUGACCAAAACACAGUCUUUGUCACGUACAGUCUCAGAUGUUGCCGUAUCUGAGAUCAAGAUCAAUUCGACUUACUCUGGCCCUCAUGUGGUCUGGCCUUUAGAAUUAUCAAAUGUGUUGGCAAUUUUGGAUUCGUUCAAAACGACACAAAUUUUGCACUAUAAAUAUGUGCUGGAAAUUCUCAAAGCAAGUGUACGGUCUUUUUCACCGUUGCCAACAUUGCAAGCCAUUUCACUUGAAAACGAUGAAAAACUUACUGUGGUUGGGGAUCUCCAUGGUCAAUUGCAAGAUCUUUUCUCUAUCUUUUCCAUCAAUGGUCUUCCUACUCGUACAAACAAAUAUCUCUUUAAUGGAGAUUUUGUAGAUCGGGGAAUGUACGGUAUAGAAGUCAUGAUGACGAUCUUGCUUUUCCGUCUACUGUACCCAACCAGUGUUUUCCUUAACCGUGGGAAUCACGAAUCCCGUAAUCAAAAUUCAUGGAUGGGGUUUGAAGACGAAGUAUGGAUGAAAUAUUCCGGCAUCGAGGACGACGAUUUGGAACGCCCGGUUCAUGUUUUUGAAAGUUUUCAAACCCUUUUUGGGUCCCUUCCACUUUGUGCUAUUAUUCAAGACAAAAUUUUUGUCGUUCACGGUGGGUUAUUUUCACGUGAUAAUGUCACAUUGGCCCAUUUGCGUGGAAUUUCACGAAAACGAGAACCGCCGUUGCAUCAACUGAAUUUUCAAGAUAAAAUUUUUGAAGAUUUAUUAUGGAGUGAUCCACGUCCCAUACAAUCUCGUCAACCGUCGGAACGUGGGGCUGGGGUUGAAUUUGGUAUUACCGUAACAAAUAAUUUUUGUUUCGUAAACAAAAUUGCCCUGAUUAUUCGUUCGCACGAGUGCGUAAUCGAAGGAUUUGAAAUUUUGCAUGGAGGUCGAUUGAUUACGCUCUUUUCAGCGUCAAGAUAUUGUGGCACUCAGAUGAAUAAAGGGGCUUUUUUGACUUUUGGGACGGAUUUACAGCCGGAAAUUCAACAAUUUUAUGCUCAGUCGAUCACUGAAAGUACAUUUCAAGCACCGGCACAAGCUCAGAUGCAAAAUUUAUUGGAAGAAGAUACACUUCGGAUGAUUGCCGAACGGAUUUGUGACCAUAAGGCGUCAUUAUACUGGUAUUUUACCCAACAUGAUGACGAGCAUAAGGGUACGGUACCUCGAUUGAUUUGGGCGGAAGCUCUUCGAUCGGUAUUACAAUUGGAUUUGCCGUUUUUGACCUAUCAAUCAAAACUUGCUGAAUUGGUCGAUGAAACUUCAGGACGUAUCAAUUAUUCUCACUUUCUGGCUCGGUAUCGCAUUGAGAAUAAUGCAAUGGACAAUUGUGGAUGGCAAGAAAGCAUUAUUGCACUUAUUUGCAAGAAAUUGUAUCGUGCAAUGGGUGCGGGUGAUGUACAGCAAGCGUUCAAGGUAUUUGACACUGAUUCAAGUGGCUUUAUUGAAUAUGAAGAAUUUGUCACGACACUGAAGCAAAUGGAUACGGGAUUGGCGGAUCAGCACGUUUAUGAGCUCAUGCGCACAGCCGAUACGAACGACGAUGGACGUAUUGAUUUCAACGAGUUUGCUCAGCGUUUUGAGGUUAUCUUUACGGACCAAGGUAAGAAUCGCGAAGAAAAGUUGUCCGAGGUGGCAGCGGUGGAGCCAUCUCCGACUCUGGAGGCUGUAGAUGCAGAAACUAUGCGUGAAAGCCACAAGACCGUGGCAAAGCCCAUCUUUGCGCGUAGGGUGUCAUCAGUAGACGAACAGUCAGCGUUCACGCCGCAACCUGCAAGAAAUCUCGACGUGGAGACCAUGGAGGCACUAUUGCAGGUUGGCAAGGCGCUGUUCUCCCGUCCUGGGUCGUUGCAGUAUCACUUUUGCCACUUCGAUACGAACCAGGAUGGUGUUCUCUCUCGUAGCGAGUUUAAAGACGCCCUUGACCAUUUAGGUUUCAACUUCGAACCGAGUCUAAUGGAUCGGGUAAUGGCUGCUGUGGACAGUGAUGGAGGUCAUUCGAUCGACUACAAGGAGUUUGUGACGGCGUUUAGUGUACAGGAUCUGAAGGAACAAUCAGCACUCGAGUCUGGCGACCUCACGUGGCAGAACUCGGUGUUACAACAGGUCUCCAACGUGUUUUACCAGCAUCGUAUCCACAUUCGCAAUGCCUUCCGCAUGUUUGACGCGUCGAAUAGUGGAGUCAUCAGUCGCGACAAUUUCCGUACAGGUAUCCAAGCUUUCAACGUGGUGCUCAAUUCUCCGCUCUCAGAUGACCAAAUUGAGGAGCUGCUGUCCUAUCUCGACAGCAAUAACGACGGCGUGAUUAGCUACAAGGAAUUCUUUAAUGGCUUCCGUGUGGUGGACGUACGCGUUGAUGAGGACAAGUCGACGGGGAGGAGACCACCAGUGGAAUCUACAACGGAAGACUAG